CUCUCUGUCUCUCUCUCUUUCUCUCACGGAGAGCGAGAGGAAAAACGACUUUCCGUGCAUACCUGAACAAUCCGAGCCUCGACACUAACCGGGAAACGCUCGCUGCCGUUUAUUAUUCCGUGCUGCGCGUGAAGGCGUGAAGGAGCCGCAGCCUCGCGCACUCGCAACCACAGUCUCGUGAGGACGGAACGCUUUCUAUCUCUCUCUCUCUCUCUCUAUCGCUCUCUCUCUCUCGACGCCAGAUUUGGAAGGACGCUGGGUUUGUUCUCCCUGCACUCGUCUGCUUCUGCGUUACUCUUCUUUUAUCGCACGAGAGAGUCGUGAGAACCAGAGCGACGUCCUCCGGUGGGAUUUUUUUGCCCCUUUCUCAUUCCUCGGAUCGGCUCGCGCUCCGCUCGGACCCUCUCUACUGUACCCCUCUGACUGACAUCUACACAGAAGCGCGCACAACGGCUCAAGUUUUAACGCCGUCUUCACGUCUUCGCUCCUUUUUUCUCGUCUAACCGUCUUUGUAACGUACUAACAGAUUAACUAAUAAUGGCUAGUGACGAAUCAUUACAGGGUUACUGUUUUAAAAUAAAUUAAUCCACAUCUACGAUACGAUACGUAGGUUUCUGUCGAUCUCUGGGAGACUUCAGACGAGUGACGUAAAGCUGACGUUUCACAACAAUGCUGAAAGUCGUAGAAGUCCGGUUAGCGAUCGAUGCUAACUAUAAUUGCAUUGCAUCAUCGACCAUGCAAAUAAGUUUUGUAGUCAUUUUCCUACAGUUUUGAGUGAAAUGUCGAUAUUCUAGAAAAUUUUGUCUAACCCGGUUUUUCGCUAAGCCUUUUUAUGUCGUUCACGUAAACGACACGUUAGCGAAAUCGCUAGUAUCGCUAGGUUAUUAUUUCCGUAUUUCACAUUCGAGUGUUAAUGUGUGUUUGUGUUUAUCUGAUCUAAACAAUAACGCUCCUUUAAACCACUCACGCUCAACUCGCGUGAAGGCGGCGUUAGCUUAAAGCUAACCUGUUUUCUGUAAAGCUAAUCUUUGUUUUUAACUGGAUAAAAUUACAAAACUGUUGUGAAAACCUGAGUUAAUGUUAAGACAGACUUAAAAUAGAAAUACGUCGAACAGAUUUGAAGCUUAACCAUGCGAGAAUUUGGUCAUAAUUUCAGAUGUAGGGAUGCGGCGGAGCUCGACGGCUACCGGAGGGCUAACGGGCGGGAAAGAAGGGCAUUGUCGAGCACGAGAGAAGCCGAAGAUGAUGGGAUACGGAGGAUCCGCAUUUCCGCUAAAAUUUCAGCUAACAUGAACGUUCUGGAAUAACUAGCAGAAAUAAUAUCUUUGUUUUUAUAUGACACACUUACUGGCUUGCAUUUUCUAUAAUGUUAAGCUAUCACCUGAACCUAUAGCACUUAAGCGAAGUUAAGUGGUUAGCAUACUCUUCAUACAUUCAUGUGUAGUUAGCAUACAAUUGCCUUUAGUAUACUCCUACAAUUGUAUGUAGUUAGCAUACUCUCACAUUCUCGUGGUGUUAGCAUAAUAUCACGUCUGUUUGCACUUGGCAUACUUUUAGCGUACACUUACACUCAUAGUUACUUAGCAUACUCUUCUUUAGUUAGCGUAAGGUUACACUUAUGUUGUUAGCAUACACUUAUAUUCCUGUGUAGUAAGCAUACGAUUGCCUUUAGUGUAUACUCUUACGUACUCUUACGCUCUUACGUAGUUAGCAUUGACUUAAACUCUAAUGUAAUUGUUAAAACUUGUACACUUAUGAUGUUAGCAUACUUUCAAAGUAAUUAGCAUACGUUACCUAACCCUAUGUACUUUUUUUCUACAUGUAGAAUCAGCCUGAGCCUUACUGAAUAUGUAAAGUUUAUGUACUUAGAAAAUUAAAUUACUUUUAAAGUCAGUUUCAGUGAGAAGUUUAGCUGCUUUAUUUACAGUUCGAAGAGCGGGAUUUUUUAAUAGAUACAGUAGUUUACACGUUAAGGAUUUAGCACAUGAGUUAAUUAUAGCUAGAAAGUUCCUGAGGUAGCCAUCGACGAGAAGGAACACGUUGUCGUCUGUGACAAUACGGUGUGUCGUCGAGUGUCUAUUAAGCAUCUCACGUCUUAUUUAUUUCGACUUUUUCAAACGUACAGCAUCGAAAUUCACUCCAGAGAAACCAGACACAAACGCUAAGUUAUCGCGGUCGAACAUGACGAAGAGAUCUAGCGCGGCGUUAAGCGUACCGAAGGAAUGUAACUCGAACGGUGUCGGAGUCAAAGACGAAGUCAAACGCUUACAAACACUCGGAGUAAAAAUUCCCAGCGGCGAUUCGCGGGACGUAACCGCUCUCCCGUCCAGCGGGAAGGAUUCAAGGACGACAGAAAGGACCGUUUGUAAGGACUGAGGAAAUAUCGUUCAACAGCAAGAUUUCUGCUGUAGACCCCGCCCGCCUCAGGCGGAAAAGCAUCGCCACUGGGCGUCAGCCGAGCAUGGAGACCCCUCCCAUAGCCCCCCCUCAACCCUUCCGACAAUCCAGUUUUCUUGGCCGAAGGCUAAAGGGGUCCAUAAAGCGAGCGAAGAGUCAACCGAAGCUGGACCGCACUAGCAGUUUUCGCCAAAUGAUCCUCCCACGAUUCCGCAGCGCUGAUCAGGACAGGACUCGUCUGAUGCAGAGCUUCAAAGAGUCACAUUCCCACGAAUCCCUGCUGUCUCCCAGUAGUGCGGCCGAGGCGCUGGAUCUCACGCUGGAUGAGGACGCCAUCAUCAAACCUGUUCACUCCAGCAUUUUAGGGCAGGAGUACUGCUUUGAGGUGACUACUGCUUCAGGAACAAAGUGCUUCGCCUGUCGGUCGGCAGCAGAAAGAGACAAAUGGAUCGAGAACCUACAGAGAGCUGUGAAGCCCAACAAAGACAACAGCCGGAGGGUGGACAACGUCUUGAAGCUCUGGAUCAUCGAGGCCCGGGAACUGCCGCCCAAAAAACGCUACUACUGUGAACUGUGUUUGGACGACAUGCUGUACGCACGCACCACCAGCAAACCCCGCACCGACACUGUCUUCUGGGGCGAGCACUUCGAGUUCAACAACCUCCCGGCUGUCCGCAACCUCCGGCUUCAUCUCUACAAAGAGACGGACAAGAAAAGACGCAAGGAGAAAAGCACAUAUCUAGGACUGGUCAGCAUCCCCAUUUCCAGCAUCACAGGUCGACAGUUUGUAGAGCAAUGGUACCCUGUGAUUCAGCCCAGUGUCCUGGCUAAGGGAGGGGGUGUAGGAGGGGGUAAAAUUAUCAACGCCUCUUUGCGGCUCAAGUCUCGCUACCAGACUAUGAGCAUCCUGCCUAUGGAGCUGUACAAAGAGUUUGCAGAGUACGUCACCAACAACUACCGAACGCUGUGUGCCGUCUUGGAGCCUCUGCUGAGCGUGAAAAGCAAGGAGGAGGUAGCCUGUGCGCUGGUGCAUAUCCUGCAAAGCACAGGGAAGGCAAAGGACUUUCUUUCAGACAUGGCGAUGUGUGAAGUAGACAGAUUCAUCGAUCGAGAGCACCUUAUAUUCCGAGAGAACACCUUAGCCACCAAAGCUAUAGAAGAGUACCUCAAACUCAUCGGACAUAAGUACCUCAAGGACGCUUUAGGUGACUUCAUCCGAGCGCUGUAUGAGUCAGAGGAGAACUGCGAGGUCGAUCCCAUGAGGACUCCACCUUCUGUUCUACUGGACCAUCAGGCGAAUCUUCGCAUGUGUUGUGAGCUUGCGCUCUGCAAAAUCGUCAACUCACAUUGUGUUUUUCCACGAGAGCUGAAGGAGGUCUUUGCAUCAUGGAGAGUACGCUGUGCGGAGAGGGGGAGAGAGGACAUUGCUGACCGCCUGAUCAGUGGCUCACUAUUCCUGCGCUUCCUUUGUCCGGCCGUCAUGUCCCCAUCAUUAUUCAACCUCACCCAGGAAUACCCGGAUGAGCAGACAUCACGCACGCUCACCCUCAUAGCCAAAGUGCUGCAGAACCUCGCUAACUUCUCCAAGUUUGGCAGUAAGGAGGAGUAUAUGUGCUUCAUGAAUGAGUUCUUAGAGAUGGAGUGGGGCUCCAUGCAGCAGUUUCUGUAUGAGAUCUCCAAUCUCGACAGCAUAAGCAAUGCCGGGGCUUUCGAGGGAUACAUUGACCUGGGAAGAGAGCUUUCAGUCCUGCACAGUCUCCUGUGGGAGGUUAUGGCUCAGCUCAGUAAGGAUGCCAUCAUCAAACUUGGACCGUUACCCCGCCUCCUGAAUGACAUCAGCAUGGCCCUUCGUAAUCCUCAUCUCCAAAGGCAGCCCAGUCACCAGACAGACAGACAGCCUCCAGAAAGGCAGACGGACCGGUUACUCUCUCGACCCAGCUUCAACAGGGGAAUCUCCUCAGAGUUUCAGAACCUCAUGCCGAGGGACCUAAACAGUUCUAUAGAUAUCACUCGCUUGCCUUCCCCAACCUCUGCCCUGGCCGGCGGUGUUGUUCCUCCAUCGCGAGGUGGAAUGGGUGGUUACGUUGAUCGGGAUCAUCCGCAUCGAGCCUCUUCUAAAGAUGUUUUCUAUGUCAACCGCCCCCCGCUUGCCCGGUCCAGUCCCGCGUACUGUACGAGCAGCUCUGAUAUCACCGACCCAGACCCAAAGGUUCUGACUGUUAAUGAAAAUAUUUCUAUGAUGGACCUCCAGGACUCAAGAAUGAACAGCGUCUCUAACCUGCAGUCUGUGGGGGACAUGCUCAACUCUCCCCAGGCCUCACUUGCCGGGUUCGGCGGCCUUGGUGGUGCCGGAGGAGGCCUCGGUGGUCAGCUGCGUGCCGGCGGAGGGCGGAUGUCGGCCGGCUCGGGCGGCUCCAGUGUGUCAGGCGGCCUGCGACUAAGCCAGCUGAGCCAGACGGGGACCGCCAACGACUCGCUGUCCCAGCAGCAGCAGCAGCAGGCCGCCGCACUCCGCUACCCACUCUCCUUCCAAAACCCUCUGUUCCACAUGGCCACAGAUGGGCCUCAAAUCCAGCGGCAGCACAGUCGUGCUCAGGUGCCUCCACCCCUCCUGCUGGCCCCAGAGCCAGACUCCUCACAUCCUGCAUACUUGCCACAAUUCGCCCGGGGUGCCUUCUCCAGAAGCGAAGACCUCUCCACACUCAGACCCGGACCGCACCUCGGCCAGCCCAGCAUCGUCCACUCCCACAGCUACAGUGACGAAUACAGCCGGGGAGAUUAUGGCAGACGGCAACUCUCUAUGCAUAUGCAGGAAAACUUCCAGCAGCAGCAGAUGAUGGGCAUGGCUUCACAGACAGGCACAUCUCAUUCCUCCCUCGCCUCGCCUCCGACAACUGUCCAGCCUGUCCGUCAGAGCUCCAUGGCUCCGCCUCCCACACAGCGCAUGAAGUCUCAAACCUCCCAUCAGCUUUCUGUGAGCUCGGCCGCCGGUGCCACUCCCCCAAGCAAGACGAGGCCCCAGAGCGGAAACCUGCUCCAGUCUCCUGAGUCGGGCUUUGGGAGCAGGCAGCAGGGCCCACGGCAGCAGCUGUCUGUCAAGGAUAACACCGCCCCCGGCCUUCCUCAUCAGCACAGCUCAACCCGCGAGAGCCAGGGAUCUCAGGGUUCUCAGGGGGGAACGCCACAGUCAACGCAGCAGUUACACAAGGAGCGACAACACUCGCAGCAACACUUACUCAAGCCUUCCAUUAGCAAACAGGGCUCAUCACCCAACACUUUGAACCCGCCCACUCCUGCCUCAGAAAGGACGGUGGCCUGGGUGUCCAACAUGCCACAUCUUUCCGCUGACAUCGAGAGCUCACGCAUCGAGAGAGAAGAAUUUAAGCUUAAGGAAUACUCCAAAAGCAUGGACGAGUCGCGUUUAGACCGGGUACGGGAGUAUGAGGAGGAGAUCCAUUCCCUGAAGGAGCGUCUGAUGAUGUCACACCGCAAGCUGGAGGAGUACGAGAGGAGGCUACUCACUCAGGAGCAACAGACCAACAAGAUCCUGCUGCAGUACCAGAGUCGUCUGGAGGACAGCGAGAGGAGGCUGAGGCAGCAGCAGGUGGAGAAGGACUCUCAGAUUAAAGGAAUAAUCGACAGACUGAUGGCGGUGGAGGAUGAGCUGAGGGUAGGGGUCGUAUCAGAGCACAAAUCCAGGAUGUUUGGAGAUCAGGAAGAGCAGCUUCCCUCCCUGGGUUCUCCAGACCCCGGUGUGAGUGUUGGCGGAGGAGAAAUGAGCGCCGCUCCUGCCUUUGGAGUCUCUCCCUCGGACAUCUCCUCCGACAACCCGCCCCAGAACGGAGGCCCGUCCCCCAAAGUAGCUUCACCCACCCACCCCCCACUUCAUACGCACCUCGGCCGGAAUGGAGAGAUGUGUGCCAACCAAAAAGCCUCUAUGGCAAAUGGGACCACAACAACAUCAAACAUGGGAAGCGGAUUAGAAGGAGGGGGAGCAGGUCUCUAACGGCACUACGCCAAACCGAGCGAAGAAUGAUAACAUCCCUUACUUCUGCCCCUUUUCAUCAUUUUUUCCUGCAUGAGGCACAUCUUUAUUGGGAGGCGCUUAUUCUUACACCAUCCACACGAAACUACUAAAGGGCUCUCCAGUGGAUGGAUCUCAUAUAUCCUGUUGAGUAAAGUAGAAAAAAAUCCACGACUUUUUCCAUCAUGUGUUGCUUUGGAAUGACAUCAUAUGCGGUGUCCAGUGAACCAAAUGUGGGUGACUCUUGUGAAUGAUCUGAAUUCCUGAAUUUAGAUUUUUGGGGUUUUUUCAGCUGGUUAACUGACCUCUAGAGUGCUGUGUAAAACAAAAAGACAUAAUUCUCUAAAAAAAAAAAACUAUGUGGGUAAAAGGUCUAAACCUGUUCAGAUAAUGCCAGCUUUCGAGGCUUUCUGAAGCAGAUCCGCUCGUAUCGUCAUGUCGUCUGGCUUCCUUAGUGCCUUUUCUGCAUCCUUCAACAGGGUUUUCAAACAAGCGACAGAAUAACCAUUACGACAACACGUUCCCAUUCGGCAUCACGCGUCUCGCUCGUUCACGUUAAAGUGACUUGGACGAUAUUAUGAUCUGGAACAGGGAAACAUUUUCAUACAUUUUUUUUUCUUUCGAAAGCAGAAGAAGCCGUUCAUUUUUUUCUGCAACGUCACACUUAACGAGACGCACUCUUGGUCUUCAAUUUGAAAUUUGAAAUGAAGGAAGCUGCCACAGUAGACUUGCUGGACUUGUGCAAUGUUUUUCUCUUCUCAAUCUCAGAACCUGUGUGUGAUCAACUGGUGCUAUAGAUUAAGAAAAAAAGCAGUCAGAUACCUGUGUCUCAUAGAACUGCCUCCCAUUAACCCAAACCCCUUCCUCACUUCACCCCAGCUCCUUGCUGUCCAUUUUUCUUGCCAUGCUGUUCAUUACUCCUUUCAAUGUUCAGUGUUUCAUGAAUUCGGUGUGAGGUGGUCUCUGUCAGGACGCUUUCAUAUCUUAAUACGACACUAGGCCGUUUCACGGAGGGACUGACUUACAGUCUUGUAAACGAUAUCAGUUUGCUAUAUUUGUUCUUGUUUUACAGAACAUUUAUAAAGAACCACUCCCACUGCUUUAGGGUUUGAAAUAAGGAACUAUUGCCCCUUUUCCACCGAGGCAGUUUGAGUGCAGGUUCGGAGCCUAAUUUAGAACCAGUUCUUUCUUUUUCGACAGCCAAAGCACCGGCUCUGAACCAGGAAAAGUGGUUCUUAAGU